UUUCAGAUGUCCUCUGACGGUUUUCCACACAUUGAUGAUGACGGCAUUGGGCCAUUGACACCGGAAUUUAUUGCUAGAAUCAGUUCAGGAUUUGGAAGACCUUAUUUAAGAAAUACCCCUGGCGAAGAGAUUCAAAAAGAUUCAAAGAAGAUUUUUAAAAGAUGAUGAAAUAACUAUAGUGCAUUGGAGGAUUCCUCUUGGGAAGAAUAUAUCACAAUACGAAAUUUUCAAGAAUUGAAAAGAAUAUAAUGUCGUCAUAAUUUCAGCGAGAGAAGAUUUCAUAAGUCGAUCAAGAUCAGAGAUUAUCAAUUGGGUACUGUCAAGUGAAGAUCUCGCUAGAGCAUGUGUCUGUCCGUAUUGUCUGAAAAUUCAUUCCCGACGGGAUAAUGCAAGAGUACAUAUCAAAAAUCAUCAUAAGGAUUAUCCAGUUCGUGAUUUUAUCAAAGACAUCGAUGCGAGUCUUGCGGAAGUUCGAAGAGCUAAUGAAACUGGAAAAUUCAAUCGGGUAUUGGGGAAACGACAUCGAAUAUCUCCGACUCCAACUAUCAACUCAUCUGUCACCCCAAAUGAGGAGCAUGAGCCCGAUUUGAAAAUGUUCAAUUCAGGGGAUACUCUACAAAAUUUCCUGAUUGAUAUUGACAAUCACAUUCGUCAGAAAAAUCAAGAAUCACAGGAAGCCAUUGGAACUGGAGAAGAGAGCACGUCAGCUAGUGCUCUAGAUAUGCCAAGUUCACAAAAAGAAUCGAGAGAGCCAAGUCCGAAUAGUAGUAUGCUCGACGAAACUAACGGUGGCACAGAAACAGGUGAUUCAUCACCUACUCCAUUCAAUCCAGCUCGUCCAUUUGGUUGUGUGAUCUGUCCAUGCUCAUUUCCACGUGUCAAGGAUCUCACAAUCCACGUCACCAGUGUGCAUCGAACACGUUUCCGAUGUAACACAUGCCUGGCUGAGUUUGUUCAACCACAACACUUGGAACAUCAUUAUUCAAUUUCUCAUGCGGGAACAUCUACUGGAACAGUCGUGAAUACAUAGAAAUGGGUUUCUAAUUCAUAUUCAAGCAAUUGUGAUUUUAUUAAUAAUUUUUGGAAUUUGACUUGACUCGUCACAAAUCGUGUCUAUUUUUGUAAUAUUGCUUGGCGUUUUCAACUCGGAAAACUUUUUACAUGAAAGUGUUUAACUA